GAUGAUAACCCGGAUGUAACGAUAAACACUGGAACAGACAACAAAACAUGCUGUACCGGCGCCGGUGAGAUCGCUGUGUUUUUAAGUUAAUCGUAUAAAUUGUUGAAAGGCAGCCAUAUGCACUUUUGAUUCGUACUUAUGGAGCAUCAAAGCGAAGGAGUUACAUGGUCUAUGACCACAGAGGAGCUGUUCCUGCGACAUUUUCCUUUACAUCAAGCAUGCCGCAAUGGCGACUUGGAAAAACUAUCGGCUUUGUUAGCAAGCGGAAAUGCCGAGUUCUACGAAGAAGACAGUUUUUAUGGUUGGUCUCCGUUACACUGGGCAGCAAAUUUUGGAAAGCUUGCUUGUCUGAGGAAACUCUCUAGUCUAUCACAAUAUGGGUCUGACAAUCCAUCCUCAAAGUUCCAGCAAUCUCCUCUGCAUAUGGCGUCUUGUACCGGUCACCCACACUGCACUCAGUGGCUGAUCCAGUCAGGUGCUAAUCUAAAUCGCCAGGAUUACCUAGGAGACACUCCAAUACACAAAGCUGCAAAGAAGGGAAAUAUGGAGUGCGUCAGUUUGCUGGUAUCCCAGGGAGCAAGUUUAAGUUUGCUCAAUCAUAGUCACUGUACGCCUAGUCAAUCUGCAGCAGAGAAUGGUCAUCUGGAAUGUGCACAGUACAUUGAGAAUGCAGGCAAACUACAGGGGCAGCUGGAUAGGAACCAGUGUGUUACUAUGCAACCAUCACACUUACUGCAAUCUCAGAUGGAACAUGACAUGUCAGGCAUGCCAUGCCUAAAUGGUCAUUCAUCAGAUGGAGCCAGUCCUGUUGAUGAUGGUAUGGACAUGUCUGGGGACAGUCCAAUGAUUGGAGUGAAGAGAGGGCGGGAUGAAUACUGUGAUGAAGAGUCUUUCAAGCGAAUGAGGAAAGGGGUACAAGCUCAAAAUGAGCUAGAUACAGACAUAAAUAAUGUGAUCGUCUCCUAUCAAGCCAUAUUGGCGCUGUCUACUGAACCUCUCAAAUGCGAGGACAGUGCUCAUCUGGUGUCCAAGUCCGAUUUCCAAGUACAAUUGCCUCGCAGAAUUCUGGAAUUUAUGACACCCCAUUAGUUAACAACAACAGUUACUUCCCUCAUCUGAUUGGAACUAGUGUGGAGGAGCAUGCAGACACUGUCUGUGCCCAGCAGGGCUAUGACUCGCUCCUCAUCCAUUCCAUCAUCAGUGAUUGUCAUGGAUCCUAAGAAAAUGACAUCAGAAGUCAAAAUCAUUCUGUAAAGCAAUUAUAUCUCUGUUUAAAACUAUUCAUCAAUAUUUUCACUUCCAGCUAAAAUCAGUAUGGCAGGUAGAUAUAUUGAUGUGCACUUCGUUUAUUUCUUCCCACUAUUGAUAUGCAAUUCCUUUUAUAAAUGAAUCUCGGCAAUUAUUUUACAACUGAUAUUGUAAGGCAUUGUUUUUUUAUAUGGGAGGUCUGUAGUUCUACAUGUAAAUGCAAGUUGUCAAUACUGCGGUGUUUGCAUCUCUUGCUUGGCAGACACAGAGGUACCUGUUUUGAUGGAGCCAAUUUCACAUUCAAAAACAGAAACUUCUUCCAUUUUUUCUCAUUUUUGUUUGAGUUUUAGUUCCAAUACCUGUUUAAGAUCUUGAAUAAUGCACAUUCCAGGUAUACAAACAAAAUCAAGAGUAUUUAGUCAAUUGAAUUAGACUUUACAACCUGAACUCCAAUAAAUUAAUGUUGGCUUUGUAACAUAACAUUCUUUUGGGUAUAAAUAUUUUAAAAGUGAUUUUUACAUACAUUUGCAUGUACAGUGUACUUACCGUAUAUACGUACAUGUACAUAUCAAACUCUUAACAUGAUAAAAUUCUGCUUGUUUCAAAAGUUUUCUUCUAAUUCUAUUUUUAAAUGCAUAUGCAUUCUCAUCUCUUGCAUACAUAGUAAGGUAGAUCUUUUACCGUCUUAGAUUUAAACUACUGUAAAAGUGGGAGUAAUUUACACUGAUUACGUGGUCACAUAAUAAGCACGUAAAUUUCCCCCAUUUACAUAGUUAUAAAUAUUUCAUAUACUAUACAUUAUUCAGUUACUGCGUCUUUUCCCCCCGCGUAAUGCUCUACGUGGGAAAACACGUUCAUAACCCCCAGCGCAAAUAACCACUUUUUACAGUAAUUUGCAUCAUAUAUCAGUUUUUCUUAUUUCUAAGAAUUUAUAGGCAGCUUUACAGAUAUUGAAGAAAAACUUGUAUUUGUUUUACACAUAUUCCCAUCAAAUUGAUUCUUGUAAUGAUGACUUUAUGAGCUUAACUUGUGCUGCAUCAGAUGUCAUGUAACCACUAUCUUUUUGACCAAUGUGAGAUGUCUAGUUAUUGGCGUGUGUCUAUCUGGCUUCCAAAAUGUCCAGUUGUCAGUGCUGCUCGCCGAGGAUACUAUGUUUAUAAAUGAUCGGUAUCCUGAAGGUAGUGCAUUAACAUUAGAUGUUAAAGGGUACUGUUGUAUGUAGCAAUAUUAAAAGGUACAAGUGCUUCAUAAACACAUUUUGUUUCUUCAAUGAAUUACAUGUAGUGCUGGAAUCAAAGAUUGGUAGUUUUGUAUUUUAAUUUUCAUCAUUUUUUUUUUUUUUUUUUUUUUGCAAAAUGAUACCAUAGGAUAUAUAUUUUUUUAUUUUAUUACAAAAAAAAAAAAAUAAUUUUAACAUUUAAUGUACUUAUGUUUUGUGUGUGUUCAUAAUCAAACUAUAUCAGGUUGUCAACAUUAAAAUAUUAAAUGUAACAAUUGAUGCAUUAAAGUGAUGCUUUCUUUAGAUUGUCAUAGGAUGUUUGUCCUAUGGACAUAUCACUAUUAAUGAUAACACAUAUUUCUUUACAUGCAGAAAAGAUCAUUUGAAAGAAAGCAUGCUCAUGUUAGAUGGAAUAUUAAAUUUUCCAUCAGUGCUUUGUCUGUGGAAAAGAUUGUUGUAAAAGUAUGUUAACAUAAGGCCUAAAUUAAAAGUUUUGUUAUUUCCCCUUUAUUCACUGGUCCUGAAAAAAAAAAUAUUUUGCAUUAUAUUGCAAAUCAAAAUUUUAAAAAAUCCAUCAAGUACAAAAUAUAUAUUUUAAAAAAUUUGUUCUGGAUGACUCUUGAUUCUCAAUCAUUAUCUUAAUUCUAAUGUGCCAAUACUUGUUGAAGUAAUUUUGUUACAUUGUAUUUGAUAACAUGAACAUUUUUUACUACCCACCUAUAUCACUUGUUCAAAAUGAUGGGUUGUGAAGGGAAAACAGACAAUACUUUAAUCUGAGCCUUAAACAUGUGUUUUAUCAUCCACAUUAUUUAGUUAAGGAACUGAAAAUAAUUUUGUUAAUAAAUGCUAUUUGUUUUUGUUCAUGAAGUAAUGAGUUUGUCAUCAGUUCUCAAAAAUCAGGAGUUACUGAAAUUAAUCUGUGUUUGAUAUUUUUCAUUGUGUGUGUAUAUAUAUAUAUGUAUGACAUACUAUUUUAAUUUUAUCUGUGAGUCUUUGUUAUUUGGAGUCGUGCUUGAUUUACAUUCAGGGCUUCAUUUGAAAUAAUUUAUUUCUUACCUGACUAAUGAUCUGAAGAGCUGAAAAUUGCCAUUUUACAUUUUAUUGCAAUACUGGUUUUUUGCAAUUUCAUCUUUCGCUGUCUCAAAGUUGGGAAUGAAUGCUAGAGGGUAUAUUUUUUUUUUCCUCUCCCAAAGUUUUUUUUUUGUUGGUUGGUGCUGUGAAGUAAUUGUGUAUCUAUGAAGAUAUGAUAAUUGGAUAAGAUAGUGUGUGUUCAAUAAAGUGUUUAUUUACAUGUACAACAGACCACCGUUAUGAAUAAGUUUUGCAAAGAUGCUCCUUACAUUGUCCAGAAUGUAGUUGAACAAAGUUUAUUAGUGUUUGAAGAUUUUGUAUUUUUUAUUGUAGAACAAGGUAAAAGUGCAAUGAAACUUUUCUUUGGAAUAAA